CCCGCCAAGACUUACUUAGGCGAGGACUCCUCCUGCCUCGCCGCCAGUCGGCUCUCCGGCUCCACUUUAGCCGCUAGUUGAUCUCCCCGACCCACUGCAACCUUGAGGUGUCAUGCAGCACCCAGCCUGACCCACGCCAAUACUCCUGCACAGAACAAGUGAAACAUAACAGCGGAACCCAAACAACCUCGCAUUCCACCCAUAACCAGAAACAUUGAAUUUUGUUGAACAGUCAAAUAAUAACAAACAAAAUUCAAAACCUGGAACUAGGCUGAAAACCUUUUGCCUUCCCGAUCCAUCAACUUGAAAGCUUAAAAUAAAACCAGGAGUCGACGAGUAACAGCGAAAGUAAAACGGAGAAUCGAAGCAACACUCUCACAUCGCGACAAGAGACCAACAUUUGUACCUACCUCUAAAGGAGACUGUGUGGAGGAAGUACUUGUGAUCUUAUAAACUGGUGCACGCAGCGUCACACAGCAUCACAGAGGGCAAGGUGACAUGAUGCAGGAAGCGUGGUUAGUGCACCUGUGCCUGUGGGCGGCGGUGACGGCGGUGCUGGUGGAGGCAGCGACUUUCAACUUAACAAUCCUUCACGUGAACGAUUUUCACGCCCGCUACGAGGAGACCAAUGUGUUCUCUGGCAGGUGUUCUGACGAGGACAAGGAGAAGAACAAGUGUUAUGGAGGUUUUGCGAGACUCAAGACAGCGGUGGAUAGAGAGCGCGCUAAUUCCCCCAACGUGCUGUACCUCUCUGCCGGGGACUACUUCCAGGGCACUAUAUGGUACACGGUGCAUAAGUGGCGCGCUAUGGCCCACUUCCUGCGUCUGGUGCCUCACGACGCGAUGUCUUUGGGCAACCACGAGUUCGAUGACGGCUUGCCUGGCGUUGUGCCUUUCCUGAAAGAAGUGCCCUUCCCCGUGCUGGCCUCCAACCUGGAUGACACGCUGGAGCCUUCCAUCCAGGGCCUGUACCAGCGCUCCACCGUGAUCAGCGUGGGCGGCAGGAAGGUCGGCAUCGUGGGCUACCUCACCACUGAGACCAUGGUGAUCGCCAACCCAGGCAUGAUUGACAUCGGGGACGAGGUGGUGGCGGUGAGGAAGGAGGCACGGAGGCUGCGUCGCGAGGAAGGAGUGGACAUUAUCAUCGCCCUGGGCCACGCCGGGUUUGCUAAGGACCAGCAGAUGGCACUAGAGGUGGAAGAGGUGGAUGUGGUAGUGGGCGGACACACUAACACCUUCUUAUAUUCAGGCAAGGACCCGUCGACGGAGGAGAAGAUGGGCGAUUACCCCUCAGUGGUGACGCAGCGCAACGGCCGCCAAGUGCCCGUGGUGCAAGCGUACGCCUUCGGGAAGUACCUUGGCAAAUUGCAGCUCUUUGACGAGCGUGGCGAGCUGGUGAGCUGGAGCGGGAACCCGAUACUUCUGGACGGCAGCAUACCCCAGGAUGAGAACAUCCUGAAGGAGCUGGUGCCCUUCAAACAGCAGCUGGAGGACAAGAUGAAGCAGCAGAUCGGGAGAACAUUUGUCUUCCUCGAUGGCAACAGACAGUCCUGCCGCCUUCGUGAGUGUAACCUUGGCAACCUGGAGACAGACGCCAUUGUACAUGAGAAUGCGAAAUACCCCGAUGACUUGAGGUGGGCGCACACCAGCCUGGCGGUGCAGAACGGAGGCGGCAUCAGGGCCUCCGUCAGCCAGAUGGAGAAUAAUGGCUCGAUCACCAUGGAGGACGUGCUGGCCGUGGCGCCCUUCCAGAACACCAUCGACAUCGUGGAGCUGCGCGGCCGCCACGUCAAGGAAAUGUUCGAGCACUCCGUUAGAAAGUACGACCCGACGGGCAUGUCCGCGCCUGGGGGCUUCCUGCAGGUGUCAGGGUUCGUGGUGGUGUAUGAUAUCAACCAGUCUCCGGGCAGCCGCGUGGUGCGCCUGCAGGCACGCUGCCUGGAAUGUGCCGUGCCGGGCAUGAUGGACGUGCAGGCCGACGAGGUGUACAAGGUGGCCAUGCCUUCCUUCCUGGCCAACGGCGGCGACGGCUACUCUGUCAUCAAAGAGAACAAGCUCAACCAUCACCUCACAGGUCUGCUGGACUCUGACGUAUACGUGAACUACCUGAACCAGAUGUCCCCCAUCUACCAGGGCACCGAGAACCGCAUCCUGUUCAUCGACUCUUCUGAGCUGUGUGCCGGUGAGGGGAACCUGCUGCCCUCCACCGUCACCUACCAGGUCUCCACUGCGGAGGAGGCUGACGGGGCGGCCGGGGCAGUGAGGGGAUCCUUUGCUCUGGUGACGGCGUGGGCGCUGGUUGUGGUGGUGGCGGGUUGUGUGUGGGCAAAACUCUAGCGGGCAGUGGUGGAGGGCGCCAUGCUCCCCGGACACCAGGGGCGCAGCGCCCUCCCUCUCUCACAGUGGAUACUGUGUGUACCAAAAAGACACAGUCGCCAGCCGCGGUGUCUUGGGCAUUUACCCUCCUAGUUACUUUUAGUUCCCCAGUUCGGCGGCAGGCGGCGCCACCUUUCACUGUAUAUAUCACAUACCAAAGACACUACAGGUGCAAUAGUAUGGUUAGCGACACUCCCGGCACAGAGCCGCAGGCGGCCACGUGCCCGUCACUGACAAACAGUCCCCACGGUCCCACUGCACGCCACCUUCACCUCCACCCUGACGGGACGCGCCAUACCGGACGGUGACCUGCAGCAGACGGGACAGUGCGGGGCGCGGCCAGGGGAACACUGCUGCCUGACAUGUUAUCGAGACGUAAACGUUAUUAGCUGUAAGGUGUGUGUUAGUCAGUCACUAUUGGAUAAGGCCAUGUGUGUGCUGCAAGCACCGCUAUGAAGAGGAGCUCCGUGCAGGAACACCUUGAGACGGACCUGUACAAUAAACCUACAAACUGUU